UUGAUCGGCGCUACUGCUGUUUCCAGUUUGUGAAUCGGAGUAAACACCAGGUGGUGUGCCGUGUCCCAAAAGAGACGAAUAUUCACGCUAGGAGAAGGCAGGAGAAGGUGCAAAGGAAGUGAAGGAGCAGGAGACGAAGGAGGUGGUGAAAAGAAGCAAACGCGGACGACGUGACGGGGAUCGUUUCCGCGUGCCACCACGGUGCGUGCUUAGGGUUACGCAUCCGCGGCGUUCGCAUAUGCCAGUUCGCAGCAGCUUCGGCGGCCGGCAGCGUGAGCAGCGGAUCUGUGCGCGCAAGCGUAACACGGGAUUCACAGCAUGGCGGAGCGCAGGAAAAACAGGAAGCGCAAAGAUGAAGUAGCCAGUUUGGAUACUAAAGUCGCCCAGGACAAGCCGUCCAAGGAGGAGUACGCGGUAGCUAAGUGGAUCCGCAAUAAUGUACCGUCGAAGAAGACCAAGUUCGAUAGGACUCACAAUGUCGAGUACUUUACUGGGUCGCGCGCGAUUGACGCUCUACUGGAAAAUUCACCCUGGAGCACAGUGUUCGAGACUCGCGAGCAGGUCUCUCAGUUCUUGGACCUCAUGCUCAGGCACAAGUUCUUUCACCGAGCCAAGAAGGUGGUAAUCUCGGAGGAGGAGCUUAACAAAAUGCGGGGUAUUAAGAAGAAGCCUACUAAGGAGGACAAAAAAGGAACUGACAAGGAAGACUUCAAGGAGAGCAAAGAUACGGCUGUGGUGAAAGAUGAGAAGAGUGAAGAGAAAAUUGAUGAACGGAAGGAACAUAAGAAGAAGCCAAAAGUAAGACUAGAAAUGCACAUGGAACAGUACUUUGUGGAUUGUAACGAUGCAUACGUGUGGAUAUAUGAGCCAAUUCCUGUGUAUUACUGGUUUUUUGGUACACUUGUAGUCUUAGGUGCAAUAGGAGUCUGUCUGUUCCCACUGUGGCCCUUGACUAUUCGUCAUGGAGUUUACUAUCUAAGUGUCGCCGCUGCGGGAUUUCUCGUAUUUAUAUUAGCACUGGCUAUUAUUAGAAUGAUUGUAUUCUGUCUUCUGUGGGUGCCCACACUGGGUAGAUGUCAUCUAUGGUUAUUGCCCAACCUGACAGCCGACGUUGGCUUCUUCGCGUCCUUCUGGCCAUUAUAUCAGUACGAAUAUUAUGGUCCCACGUCGGACGGUGACAAGAAGACAAGUAAAAAGAAAAGAAAGAAAGAGAAGGAUUCUGACUCUGAAGAUGCACCAUUAGUUCAAGAAGAGAAAGAACUUGUAGCGACGAAAGUGUCUAACGAGGAAUUAUCCUUGCCUAGCGAAGAGAGGAAAGCUUCGUCCGACUCGGCCGAAGGAGAGGACGGCAGUGAGGAAGGUUCGGAAAGCGAAAAAUCUAAUACGAGUCGUGAUUUCGUUAUGGUUUAAAACAUGAGAACUGGGCAGUAGAUAGCUUCAUGUUUGCUGGGACAAACAGCUAUAUUAAUUGUCGCAUUAAUCAUCACUGAAACUGAUAUAUGCUUGCGGGUACGUUAAUCCGAGUGUCGUUCGACGCACGAAUCUAAGAAAUCGACCGUAGCAGGUUCUCCACAUUUAUUGCAUUUAAGGGUCGAGCAUGAACGAGUGGGAAAAUCACUUGUGACUUUUGCAUGGAUAGAAUUUCCCGGCGUGAAUGUAAAGUAUUGUCUCUAAAAAGCAUAAGCGUGAUAUAAGGCAUAUUUUAUUCUAUACAUAUAUAAAUAUCUAUACAAGUAUAUGUGUGUAAUAUGAAGAAAUCAUAUUAGGCAUAAUUUCGUUAUCGGUUUCCGUUGAAUAAAUUGUGGGUACUGUUCGAA